CUCUUCUCUGGUCUCUUCCAGAUGAGACGCCUCCCUCCCUCCCUCCGCCCCUCUGAUCCUCUUAUCAGCGAGUAAGCGCCCAAGAUGGACGUUGUAAACCAGUUGGUGGCCCAAGGGCAGUUCACAAUAAUCAAACAACCUCUGGGAUUUAUAAAAAUUCUACAAUGGAUCUUUGCAAUCUUCGCCUUCUCGACAUGUGGCAGUUACUCCGGCAUGUUCAAGAUGAGCGUGGAGUGUAAAAACCGGUCGGAGAGUGACCUAGGCAUAGAAGUAGAAUUCGAAUAUCCCUUCAGGCUCCAUCAGGUUUACUUUGAUGCCCCCACCUGUAAGGGAGGGAUCCCUGAGCGUCUAUUCCUGGUUGGAGACUACUCUUCCUCAUCCGAGUUCUUUGUCACCAUCGCUGUCUUUUCCUUCCUCUACUCCAUGGCAGCCCUCUCUGUAUACUGUUUCAUUGUUGAGAAGUACCGUGAAAACUGCAAGGGGCCUCAGAUCGACUUUGUGGUAACGGCGGUAUUUUCCUUCAUGUGGCUGGUGUCCUCAUGUGCUUGGGCUAAAGGUUUGUCAGAUGUGAAAACAGCCACUGAUCCAGAGAGGGUCAUCACUCUCAUCUCAGCCUGUGAUGAACAGGAGAAUCGCUGCCGUGAGGUCUACGACCCCAAGGUCUCCGGACUCAACACCUCUGUGGCUUUUGGCUUCAUCAACGUGAUCCUGUGGAUAGGAAACCUGUGGUUCGUCUUCAAGGAGACCGGCUGGAUGGCUGCCUUCGCUGGAACAUACGUCGCAUCACAGGAAAAGCAGCCUGCCCCCGAUUCCUUUGGCCAGGCAGGAUACGGUCAGCAGGAUCCCUACGCCGGCUCCCAGGGAGGUUACCAGCCAGAGUACGGCCAGCAGGGAGGCUACACUGAGGACGGAGGUUACAGCCAGGGCUAUGAGCAGCAGCAGCAGCAGCAGCAGCAGCCCACCUCCUUCUCCAAUCAAAUGUGAGCCUGUUCAUCCGAAGCACAGCUGCAGGAUGGGUAACCAUGUGAUUUCAGAAGGUGGCUCUCGACGACCACCUGCAUUUCCACACUCCUCUGUGUGUCUGUUUGUGUAUCUGUGAGUUGACAGGCGGAGGGAGGGAGGGAGGCAUGGAGGGCGAGAAACCGGUGGGUCCAUGGGUGGGAAACACGCCUGGGGAGCAGGAUUUUGUGUGGGUAUGGGGGGGGAUAUAUGGGGGAGAUAUGGGUCUUUGCUGUAACAUGAUGUUUAUUCUCGUGAUGUAUUUAACUGUAGAAGACAACAGAGGAUUGUCUGUUUGGUUAUACGAGAAAAACUUGAAUACAAAUACCAAAACAUUCGUUGAGGAACAUUUAAGAGAAAUCUUGUAACGGAAAAGACUUACAUUUAUGGGAAAAAAAAUUGUAGUAAUCUUUAACUUGGGAGAAUGUAUUUGUCUGUGCUGUGUAAAUAUUAACAUGCUGAUAUAUAUAUGAUUAUAUGUACACAGUUGAAUAAUUGUGCACUCCAUAUAAGUUGUUAUACAACAAAUGUUGAGCACAGAGUUAUUCAAUUGCAUUUACUUUGGUUCUGUUUAGGAGCUCACAUAGUUUGGCCCUUGCCCAUAAUUUCCCUUAAAUCAGUCAUAACAAAAUGAUGUUUUGUUUGUUCAUUCAGAGUCAACAUCUAUUUUUCUUAAUUUCUCAUCAUGUUUUAUUUCCAUUUGACCCGCAUUACUAAGAGGAUUUAAGACAUGUGGGCAAAGGCUUUUAAAAAUAUCAUGGUUAAUAUGGAAAAAAGAGAAUUAUAAUUGUACCAGUGAGCACAGAAAGAGUUAUAUAGUGGUAAAAAAUGAAUAGAUGGUAUAGAAGAGAAUUUCAAGUAGGUUGUUUGAGCUUUAUUUAUGUUUUUAUAUCUAUUUUUCCAUCAAAUAUUGCUGUCGAGCAAGGACGAUCUGUUGUGAUACACAAAACAUUUCAAAUCGACGUAGAAAAUCAAAACUUACGUAGGGUUAAGAAAAUUAGUGAGCAUGGUAGCAUCUCAUAUUUGCUGUGCUGUUUCUGAAAACUGCUAUAGUGUGCUAUCAGUAUGAAAAUCGUGAAUCAGGGCAGUGAAUAAUAAGUUUUAGCGACGUGUGUUUGUUUAACUGUUUGGAUUUUAUGUACCACCAUCGAAAACAAAUGUUGUCAAUGAACCUCGUCCUGUUUUGAUCGCCUUUUGUGUGGUCCAGAAAGUUGUAAGACAGAGUCAUAUAGUUUUUUAACAAGUGUUUCUAUCACACUGUUAUCAGUGACGUACAUACUCACACUAACAAGAGCUGUAGUUAGAAUAUAACACUCUGAAGACUUUGGUUACGCCAUAGUAAACGCAUAAUAAGAGGCCGUCUGAACAAUACGUCUCCAUAUACUUCUCCUGCAUCCUCAAUCCUUUUUUAUCUCCUUCUCUGAAGGAAACUUCCUGCAUGCAUCCUUAUAUCAUAAAGCUUCCCUAAGAAAAACUGAGAGGCGAGGUCUGGAAGCUUGUAAGUUCGAUCCAUCUUAGUGGUUUCUGCACAACAUAAACAGUACGCACAGCAGCUCUGCUAUAUUCUACUCAAAGCACAAAGUAAGUGCUGCAAUAAUGACAUCUUUGCAGAUUUAGAUACACCUGUCCUACUGCCAGGCCUCCGUUUGAAUUUACAAGAACACGUCGCCAAAUGAUGAGAGAUGUGUACUGAUUGGUAGGGUGGGAAAUUAACUUCUGAAAAUGUGAACCAGCAGCUGACACAUAAAUGUUUAAUAGUAAAUCAUUAUUUGGGUCUGAAAUCUACCGGCCACCCUCAUGUUUUAGCAGCAUUUGACUGGUGGCUGGAGCUACUUUCCCACCCACAGUCCUAACCAGGAUGAAUUGUUGCCCAUAUCCAGUAUAUCGAUCCGUUGCACAGCCUAGAAGUCACUCUUUUCAUUCAAAACAAAUCAGGGUUUUUUGAUUCGGGCGGCGUAAAAGCACCUGGCUUUCUCUCUUCCUCUUGGCCCCUCACCCCACCUCGGUUAUUUUCUCUCUCUCUCCUUCAUUGUAGCUCUUAUAAAUAUGCUGAAAUGAAAUAUACUCUGUUGUUAGUGGUGAAUGAUGUCUUGUGAUACUCUCUCUAAGCCUUUGGAUAGUGCUGUGUUUCUUGUGUAUGAUGUAUUCAUAUUAGCAUUUAUGAUAAUGAUAAGUCAGAGAAAAAAAAAAUAAUCCAAGACUCUCCAGAAUUCUUCUGUAUUCUUAUUAUAUGGGAUCCAUGUGAAACAAAAUGAAAUAAACAUGAAAUUAUUCUGUUGAAGGUAAAAAUGUGUAUUUCUGUUCCUAGGAGCCGACUUCAACUUAUUUGGAUGACUAAAAAUGUUGUUUCCUUUGCA